AUGGCAGCAGCACCAGCACCAGCAAAGAACCAAGGUAAGGCCAAGCAACAUGUUACUGGUGCUAGGUUCCGUCAAAGAAAGAUCUCGGUGAAACAGCCGUUGACUAUUUAUAAACAGAGAGACCUACCUACACUAGAUAGCAAUGAACUAGAGCCUAGUCAAGUGCAUCAUUUAAAUUCCAAUGCAUCAUCCACACAACAGCCAAGAGAUAUUCAUGCCGUUGAAACUGGGGUUGACAAAAACGAGGAAGAAGAGGUGCAUCUUCAACAAGUGAUCAAUGCCGCACAAAAGGCGCUUUUGGGAUCCCAAAAAGAAGAGAAAACUAGUGACAUGUAUAUUCCUACGCCGGAUGCUUCGAGGAUAUGGCCAGAGGCACACAAAUACUACAAGGAUCAAAAGUUCAAGCAACCAGAAACAUAUAUCAAGUUUAGUGCGACUGUUGAGGACACCGUUGGGGUGCAGUACAAUAUGGACGAAAUAGAUGAGAAAUUUUAUAGAGAGACACUAUGCAAGUACUAUCCCAAAAAGAAAAACAAGUCCGAAGAAAAUAAUAGAAAGUGUACUGAAUUGGAGUUUGAAACAAUUUGUGACAAGUUGGAAAAGACCAUUGAGGCGAGGCAACCGUUUUUGUCUAUGGACCCCACCAACAUUCUAUCGUACGAGGAGUUGUCGUCAUAUAUUGUGGAUCAGUUUAAAAGUGCAGUGAAAACAAGUAACCCGUAUAUUGUCACUAACGGUGGGAAUCUAGAGUAUAUAUCGACCACCGCACUAAAGGAGAGAUUGUCGAAGGAGAUCAAAUACGAACCGUUUGUUACCAUUUUUGAUAAGAACCAAGUAUCUACAACCGCAGUGAGACCUAUCCCCAAAUUGUUUGAAUUGUUUGGGAGACCUAUUUAUGACCACUGGAAGGAGAGGAAAAUUGAACGAAAGGGGAAAACCAUCCAGCCGACACUCAAGUUUGAGGAUCCCAAUUCAAACGAAAAGGAGAACGAUAAUGAUCCCUAUAUAUGUUUCAGAAGGCGUGAGUUCCGACAAGCAAGGAAAACUAGAAGGGCCGAUACAAUUGGUGCCGAGCGAAUAAGACUGAUGCAAAAGUCAUUACAUCGAGCACGCGAUUUGAUAAUGAGUGUUAGUGAGAGGGAGAUACUUAAGCUUGAGAAUUUCCAAUCCGAACAUGAGUUGUUUAAGGUUAGGUGCAACACAAAGGCAUGCAAGAGAGAGCUUAAUAUCAAAGGUGACGAUUACUUGUUCUUUCCGCAUAAAAAGAAGAAGGUUGUGCGUACUUCCGAAGAUGAAGAGAGAGAGAAGAAGAAGAGAGAAAAGAAGAAGCAAGACCACGAGCUUGCCGUCAAGCAACAGCAAACACUACAGCAGCAGGCAACGCCCCAGCAACCACCACACCCACCACAAAAACAAGAUGGUACGUCGACAGGCCAGCCUUAUGUCAAACUCCCACCCGCCAAAGUUCCCGAUAUGGAUCUUGUUACUGUUUCGUUGGUUUUGAAAGAAAAGAAUGAAACCAUCAAGCGUGCGGUAUUGGAGAAAUUGCGCAAGAGAAAGGAACACGACAAGGGGUUUAUUAAUUUGACGGAUGACCCGUACCAGCCUUUUUUCGAUAUUUCCACCAAUCGAGCUGAAGAGUUGAGCCAUAUUCCGUAUUCAUCGAUUGCUGCGACGCAUUAUCACCAAUUCAAUACAUCGAACUACCUCAAUGAUCAGCUUAAAAAGCUAUUUGAAGAGAAAAAACCUUUACCUGGUGUAAAAACUUUUUUGGGUUCUAAUGGCGAGUUGGUACCGUCCAAGGCAUUUCCACAUCUACUGUCUUUGCUCGAGGAAAAAUAUAAAUCAACCAGUGGUUAUAUUGAACGUUUAUUGCAUAGCGUAGAGACACAGGAUUUUAGUUCAUAUACCAAUGGCUUUAAGGAUGUUGAGCCGAAAGAGGCAAAUGAUCCAGGUAUGGCAUUUCCGCAGAGGAUUCGUCGAAGAGUCGGCCGGGCUGGCCGAGUGUUUUUGGACCACCAGCACCAGCACCAGCAUCCUCAGUCAAAUAGUUUGUUGGAGAGUCCAAAUUCCGAUCGUGUUGGAACUAUACCAGACAUAUAUUGUAAAGAGGAUGCCAUCAAACGGUUACAGUCAAAGUGGAAGUUUGAUACGGAAUACAAAACAACCGAUCCAUUUAGUUUGGAUCCUUCAAAGUUGAAUGGCAUCAGCCCAUCGACCCAAUCGAUCAGAUUUGGGUCUAUGUUGUUAAAUAGAACACGUAAAUAG